UAAUAAAAUACAGAAAACCCCAUCAGUCACCACGCCUCUGCACCCACCCAACCCAGUGAGCCGCCCACCACCCAGUGGCCGCCCACCCUCCCUCCUCGACUCCGGCAAAAGCUCAUCCUUUGAACCUUCUGCCUCUUCCUCUCACCUUUUCUUAUCUACCCAGCGAAAGCAAACCCAACACAAACCCACAACAUCUCCAUGGCUAAGUUGAGAAAACCGAAUUAAUAUGUGCCGCCGCCGCCACCGCCGCCUUCAGAGACGAAUAUCUCUCGUCAACAGAAGCUCAGAUUCCCUAAUUCCUUCGGCAUCAAUCAGGUUUAAUUGCUUACUAUUUGUUCAAUGGGGUUUACAAGAACUGGCUGAAAAGAAGGAACUGAUUAUGGCUUUCAUAGGACUUUCUCAUUCACUUGAAACCCAAUGGCGGAUCUUGGAUAUGAUGAUGUUUGAGUGUCACACAAAUGAGCACUUUCCCACAAAGUCUGAUAAAUAAAAAAGGGGCUUAAAAUGGGAGCCGCUGCUUUGUCAGCUUCAAAGUGUGCUCCAGAUGGGCAGCAAAAUGGUUUUAAAACCAGUAACUUGUCCUCCAUAUCUUCUCCUACUACAAAGAUGUUCAAUCUUGGACGAACUUAAGAAAAUCCAUGCCCAUGCAGUCACUACUGGUCUUGCUCGUUUUGCCUACACUGCCAGCAAGCUCGUAGCCUUCUCUGCAUUAUCAGAACAUGGUAAUAUGCACUAUGCUGAGACACUGUCACACCAAAUUCCAAGACCCAAUGUAUUUGAUUACAAUUCCAUGAUAAUGGGUUUCUUGAAAAGCUCAGAAUCUGAAAAGGGUCUCUCCAUUUACACCAGAAUGAGAAGGAUAGGCACAGAGCCAAACGCUUGCACUUUCACCUUUUUAGUUAAAGCAUGUCUUGAUGUAUCUUUGCUUGGUCAGGUACAUGGUCAAAUAAUGAAGUUUGGGCAUGGGUGUGAUGUUUAUGUUAUUAGCUCACUUAUUAGGGCCUCCUGUCGAUGUGAAGCUGUGGAAUUUGCUCGUAGAGUGUUUGGGGAAAGUGUGGAUAAGAAUGUGGUUUGUUGGACUAGUCUUAUUAGUGGAUAUUGUAGUAAUGGGCUGGUUCAUGAAGCUCGUGAUCUGUUUGAUGCAAUGCCGGAUAUAAAUGAUGUUUCUUAUAGUGCAAUGGUUUCUGGGUAUGUUGGGAAUGCUUGUUUCAAUGAAGCAAUUGACCUGUUUCGUCAAUUGAAAAGCCAUACACAAGUGAGGCUCAAAGAGUCUCUUUUGGUUAGCACUCUUAAUGCUUGUGCUUCUGUGGGUGCCUUUAAAGAAGGGAAGUGGAUUCAUUCGUUUUUGGAAGAAAAUGGUUUUGAGUAUGGACUUGAGCUUGGUACUGCACUAGUAGAUUUUUAUGCAAAAUGUGGAUGUAUUAAAGACGCACAAGACGUGUUUAGCAGGAUGCCUCGUAAAGAUGUAACUACUUUGAGUGCUAUGAUCAUGGGAUUUGCCAUCAAUGGUGAGAAUGAUAUGGGGCUUGAGCUUUUUGCAGAAAUGGAAAAGAAAGGACCUAAACCAAAUGCAGUGACAUUUGUUGGAGUACUCACUGCAUGUAAUCACAAAAUUCUGGUAAAUGAAGCAUGGCGGUUAAUAGGACGCAUGAGUAAAGUUUAUGGCAUUGCUCUGGGGAUUGAGCACUAUGGCUGCAUGGUUGAUCUCUUGGCCCGUGCUGGGAAAUUGAAUGAAGCAGAGGUAUUGAUAAGAAGUAUGGCAAUGAAACCGGACGGUGCCAUUUGGGGGUCUUUGUUUAAUGGAUGUCUGAUGCAUGACCAUGUUGACUUAGGGGCGAGGGUGGGGAAGCUUUUGAUUGAAUUAGAGCCUCAACAUAGUGGUAGGUAUGUUCUUCUGGCCAACAUGUACGCCAAAAUGGGCAACUGGGAGGAUGUGACGAGGCUAAGGAAAAUGAUGAGAGAUAGAGAAGUAGUUACAAUUUCUGCUUGGAGCUUCAUUGAGACUGAUGACUGAUGAUAUUGUCCAUAAAUUUAUAGCAGACGAUAAGUCUCAUUCCCAUUCGAGAAAGAUAAAAAGAACUUUAAAGCAACUCAGCAGGGCACUUGAAAGUUUUUCCAUUGCUAGCGACGCAUCGUUACUUUAAAAGAAAU